UUGUUGACAUUCAGUCAUAAAGUGUUUGUUUCGUUCAAAAAACGCAUUGAAUUUCUAUCGCCGAAGACAUCGACCACUGAUUUGGUAGCGAAUUGUGAGACCAAUUGCGGUGACAAUGAGUUUCUUCGGCCCCACUUCUGGCGUAAAUCAGCCGAUGUUUGGCUCCGCGAACACGAGUUCAAUGUUUUCGUCCAAUUCAUCGCUGAAUCCAUUGCUUUCCACUCAAACACAUAAUCCGAUGAAAGACUUGGAGGUUAUGUCACCGCCGGAUGACUCCAUAUCCGCUCUACUCUUCAGUCCGCCAUCGCUUCAGACAAACUUCUUGAUGAGCGGGUCGUGGGAUAACCAGAUCAGGUGUUGGGAGAUCAGCGGCAACGCCCAGACCAACAGCUGGUCAACGGUUCCCAAAGCACAGCAAACACACGCCGGACCCGUUCUCGACCUCGCCUUCGAUGAGGAGGGGACGCGUGUCUUCUCGGCCUCGUGUGACAAGUCUGUGAAGAUGUGGGACUUGAAUGCCAACCAAUUCAUACAAAUAGGACAACACGACGCGCCCGUCAAGACUGUCCACUACGUGAAGGCACCCAACUAUACCUGCAUUCUGUCCGGCAGUUGGGAUAAGACACUCAAACUAUGGGAUACCCGAACGCCAAACCCCGUACAGACCGUACAACUGCCGGAGCGCUGCUAUUGCGCGGAUGUGUUGUACCCGAUGGCAGUGGUCGGCACCGCCAACAAAGGCAUUAUCGUCUACAAUCUGGAGAACGGUCUCCAAGAGUAUAAACGGCUGGAAUCGCCGCUUAAACACCAACACAGAUGUGUCUCCAUAUUCGUGGACAAAGAGAAACAGCCGUCGCCUCCCGUGGGGUUCGCGUUGGGCUCAGUGGAGGGUCGAGUGGCCAUUCAGUACGUGAACCCCAUUAACCCGAAGGACAACUUCACGUUCAAAUGUCAUCGAAGUAACGGCACGAACAACGGCUUCCAAGACAUCUUCGCUGUGAACGACAUCUGUUUCCAUCCACAUCACGGAACUCUGGCCACCGUUGGCUCCGACGGCCGCUUCAGCUAUUGGGACAAAGACGCCCGAACCAAACUGAAGACAUCGGAACAGUUGGAACAGCCCAUCACCAAAGGCUGCUUCAGCUCACGGGGCGAACUGUUCGCGUAUGCCGUGAGCUAUGACUGGUCUAAAGGACACGAAUACUAUAACCCGCAGAAGAAGAACUACAUAUUCCUCCACCCGUGCUAUGAAGACCUUCGGCCGCGAACUAAACCCAAGUAA